AUGGCCCGGAGGACCGUCGAAAAUUUUAACGGAUUCGUGGCGGCAACGGCCCGUACUCCGGCGAAGAAGUCGACCGCACAACCAGCAGCGCCAAGUCGAACCAGGCCAGCGGUAACGGCGGUAACCGGCAAAAAGAACGUACCGGUGCCCGCGGUAAAGACUACCGGCGCGCCGCCGACUGCGCCACCGAUCAGAAACAAAGAUCAACAUAACACCCACCCAUUUGCGAAAGUAGAAAAACUGCAACGAAGUGUUAGUACAUUUAAAAAACUCCCGGUCGAUGUUAAGAACAAACACGUAAAAGUUAGUAUCAAACAAAAUGAAAAUAAAAUCUUACACAAAGAAGAAAAACCAAUUGACGACGUUGACAAUAGUACUACAGCUCACAGCAAUUCAUCAGACGUAUCAGAUAACCAAGAUUAUGAAGAUGACUUUGAAGAUUAUGAAUCUGACUUUGAAUCUGAUACUUCGGUUGACUCGUUAGUAGUUGAAUCGCCGUUAAAACCAACCAUCGUAAGCCAAUCAAUAUCAAAUGACACAGUAAGUGUUAAGUUUGCGCUUCCCGUGUGUGUGGAAGAAAAAUUGGAACCAUUCUUGGAUGAAAAAUUUGAAAUAAACUCGUUAGAACGGACCAUUGAAAUGGGCUUAAAAAACUUUAAGACUGCCGGAAAGAGGAAGCGUGAACAAGAAGUAAAGGACAAAAUCCAAACUAGGGGAAAUGUUUUGAUGGGGAUGAUUAAGCUGGACACUGUUAGCUUUACACUGCUUGAUUUGCCAGCGAUACCUUAUGAACAAUAUAUAAAAAUUUACGGACGUUCAAACAUGACGCAGGUUCAAACACAAACUCGUGAUGAAAAUGCGGAGAAGGAAGUACAAACUAAUGAAAGCGAUUUAGCCGAAAAAUGGACUCAACAUCCCAUAGUCUUGACAAAUGAUAUGAACUGUUCAUCAAUUGAAUAUUUGAGAGCGAAACGGGGCGUCGGUGGUAAUGAACCACCUGAUAAUCGUCUCCGAACACACAUCACCAUGGUAGAUCCUGACCGAGUGAUCGAGGUCGGCCGAAUGAUGCUUUCUAUGUUGGAACAGCAGUCGAUGGAUCGAUCUGAACAAAGGCUAGUGGCUAAUGACUUCGACAUGGGCUUCAGCAAUGGCUACCUAAGCACGGCAGUCUCCUCCUUGAAAUUCCUUGCAAAACGUCCAGUCACAUCCAUAGAAUUUUCGAGGGUUACGUCAAAUGUCGAGUCACUUAUUACAACGCAUGAAGUAAUGGAUUCAGUUUAUCAAUAUGUUAUAUGUAUCUGGAGUGUAUCAACUACAGAACAUCCCCAGUAUGUUCUUAAGUGCCCUAACCAUGUUACAUCAUUUUGCACCAUUUUCAAGUCUACUAUAGGAUUUGUGACAGCUGCACAUGUAGAUGGGAGUAUAUGCUUGUGGGAUUUAAGAGAAUCCAAAUUGCAUCAUCAGCAAGUCAACGGUCUCCCAUGUCCACUACGUUCACCGUCCUACAAUACAGCGUUGUCAAUCGACCAAGGUCAUAGGUCGAAAAUUGUUGGCUUAAGCACUGUAACAUACAACAAAGUGACUAACGAAGAAUUACCAGACGAGCUUUGUAGCUUGGAUGAAGAUUUUGUGUUGGCCGUAUGGACGGUCGUGGAUAGUUGGGCAGACGUUUCCGAAAUUUCAGAAAACAAAAGUGCCGGCACUGCACCUUGGAGUUCCGUGAGACUGGUUAAAACGCAAACCAUCAAUGCCAAUAAAAAUGUCCCUAGAUAUUUGUCUGAUGGUGUAGCGGCCACGUGCUUAUGCUUGAAUAACAAUCAGGACGCUUUUAUUGGCACUAAUUGUGGACUUGUUUUCCGGUGCAAUUUAGGGGGGCACAAAGUAUGGCCAUCCUACUUUACCUACGAGAAUACAGGUGAACAUUUUUCCGUGAACUCAUUGGAUAUCUGCCCAUUUGACUUUCACUUUUUUUUGGCCGCGUGUUCAAGCAAUGAAGUUAUGCUAUACAGCGCAAGUCGUCGAGAAGCCCUGAGACGUUUGUUUGCAUCGUCAAAGGAUGGGAUGAGUGCCCAGGCGAGUAUCGUAAAGACUCUAUGGUGCACCGGACAUCCCGGCAUCGUGUUCGGGUUGGAUUCAUUCUCCAGCGUACACUUGUGGGACCUUUGCGACGACAACACUACACACAUAAUGUCCGUACCGUUUCGAGGAAAGGAUGUUACGGCCAUGUCGUUGACGUCAAUGCCAAAAAACCGAAACACCUACUUGGGAUUGGCGUUUGCAGACGGUGCGGUGGAACUGCACCAGUUGAAGUUGGACAAGAGGAACGAGACGACUGAUCGUGGCGACCAGCUCACUAGAUUUCUGGCCAGUCUAUAG